ACGUCCCACUCCCACGUUCCGACGGCGGCCAGUGUAGUGCUGUGUACCGGGGGAGGUUCAUGUGUGAUGAGUGUGUGGCUGUACUACAAAGAAAAUCCUUACAACAACAAUCAGUGUUCUGUGUCUCGUGUGGUAGCAGAUUGCCUGGGAAGUUGUGAAGUGCUGUACCACAUCUGAUGAGUGGUGGAGGCUGCAGAAUGGCAGGAGCCACUCUUGACUGCAACUCUAGAACACGCGACUGAAGUAGGCUCAGAAAUUUGAAAUGUUUAUUCUGCUGUUGACUUAAGUGUGUGUGCUCGUGCCCGUGAAGGACGUGAUUUGCCCCUUAAGUUGUAGUUCAGUCUGACUGAUGCUUUAAAUGUCACUUUCAAAUGAAAAAAAUAUGUAUACCAUUAAUAAGCUACUGUGACAUCUUAAACAGCUAAUGUGUGAAUAACCUGCAUAGGAUAAAACAGGUGGUAAAACAGUCAUGACAGCAUGAAUGUAGCCCUGUCACCUGCUCGAGUCAUCAUCACGCAGCUCAAGAUGGGUUGGCUCGCCGCUUCCUUGCUGACCGUGACCUUCGUGCUCUCCGCGGCCAGGCCUGAUGGAGGGGUGUGCCACUUGCAUAACUAUGUUUCAUCGUGUGUGCUCAACAUCUUGGAGGAACACAUUGAAGCUACUGCCAUCAUCAACCAUUGCCAUGUGCCCCUUGACAUCACCUUCCUCAUUGUUUACCAGUACAGGAACAGCACACGGCACAGCUGGAAGUACACCUUCGUGACCUCAAACCAGAAUGAGAGGGUGUUGAUCCCCGGCCUCCUGCUGCCCAGUGCUCCACAUGCCCCAGUGUUCCUGUAUGCUCGUGUUCCUGAAAGAGAGUUCAACAUGCAUAACUCCUCUUUUGUGGCCAUUCAGGCCUCAUUCAUUGCUGAGCUGGGUCGAGACAAGUGGGAAGAGGCAGACUUCCUUAAUCACACUGUGUUCAUUUCACCCUCCAGUGACUGCCACUUCUCCAGAGAUGGCACAGACCCCAUACCAUGGAUCAUAGGUGGUUUGUUUGGUGUUGCUCUUCUCUCUGGAUUGCUUGGGGGUGGGUAUCAUCUGUACCGCAAGAGGAAGAUGGCUGCAGAUGAGCUGGCUCUGGUGUCUGCCAUGGAGGUGGGAAUGCCAGGUGCUCAACCUUACCAGAUGGAUACAGUGGUUCAGCAAACCACAACAGGGGAAUCUUCAGGGCAAGAAAAAACAACAGGUGAUGGCAACACAAAUGGAACAGCGGACAGCAUGACAAAGAGGCCAAAGUCACCAGACCAAGGAAACAAUGAGGAAGAACCUAGUGGAAGAAAAGGCUUCAAAUUUGGAAGACUAAAAGAAGAAACUAGUUUUCAGGAUGACACACCAGAGUUUGAUGAUUCUUCAGUUAUCAUUGCCAAUCCAGCAUAUCAAGAGGAAAAUCACCAUUUACAGAAACAAGCUGAAAUUAUUAAACAGGAACAAGCAGACAAAUUUAGUCCAACAUCUCAGGACCACAAGCUUAGACAAGGGGGAGGCAUAGUGAACUGCAUGUAUCAAGAUGGGGUGGAUGCUUCCCAUCAGUGGCAGGAAGAGGAAGAGAAAAAGCAGGAAGUGUUAGAUGAGAUGACAGCAAGUGAUGACUGUAAAGCGGAAACUGAUGAAAGCCUUGAGGGAAGCAGUCAGGUUGGCCAAGGAGCUCGUAGGAAGGUACGUGGGGCCGUCUCAUCCUCCACCAUUGUGACAACCAAAGUAGGGGAUGAUGGGGACUCCCAGAAGUGUUUAUGAUGGACAUCCAUGACAGAGAAGUAUGUUGGUAAAUUCAUCCAGGAAUAGGUAGAUGAGAUGAAUAUCAAGUAAGCCACAUAAAUAUCUUGUAUUUGCAAUGUAUAUGAAUAGUUGUUUGAGAUGAUACAGUUGAUUAAUCAUUAAGCAAUAUUCAAGUUUAUCAUUGAUGUAAAUGAGAGUACUGUGAACAAUUCUCAAAAGAAUACAUGGAGUCAUGGAAGAUGAUCUGGAAUGAGGGGAUGAGGAGAGGCAAAGUUCCUACUUUCUCUUUACUUUUUUUGUUCAUAUGAAUUAACUCACACGACUGCUCAUCUUCCUCAUUUUUUAAUUAAUGGGCAUUCUGUGAAUGUGUGUCCUUUUUUUCUUUUAGGCUCUAUGAAAAAAAAAACUAAAAAUAUCUUGAUUAGCAUAUACAUUGAUGUUUCUUGACAUGACUGCAACAAAUGGUUGCCACAAUGUGCCAGUGUUCACUUGUGGAAUGCAUGUGGUGUAUCAUGAGAAUUUGAGUAAAUAUUGGAACUGUGGGGAUAUGAAAUAGUGUGGUCAAACCAUAUGGGAUUGAUUGUAGUUUGUGUCCUUAUGAGUGAAAUUACCACAUUGUGGAGGAUGUCUUCCUACAUAAUGUAGGAUGAUGCAAGUCUGAUCAUGUUUAUAGUUACAUUUCCACCUGAGGCAUUGUGCAGAAGCUAGAGAGGGUACAGCACCUACAAAGGCCCUCAUUAGUGUGGACCAGGGUGUUUUUAUGUCUUAAUUUAUGUGCACGUGUAUUUAUUAUAAUUUUAAACUGCAUUUAUUUAAAUUACCUCGCUUGGUAAUGGUCAAAGUAAGAUGGUGUGAAUAUGCAUUUCUUAUUCAAAUAAAUGUUUUAUAAAAUA